UGCACGCCUUGCACAGAUUUAUGUAAUGAAAUCGUCAGACUUCAUUUAACAAAGGACAGACGUAUGGGGUUUGAAAACGGUCGUACUAAACAGAUAGCAGGAUGCUGGGGUAUUGCAAAAGUAUUCAUGCCCAAAUGCUGCGAGGAUGUUGAAACUCCUGAAGAUACCGAUCCUUAUGCUUUAUUCCAUAUGAUUCUGAACUGUGGCUUGUUUCCGUUAACUCACCAGCACGUUGAAUCUGUCAUCAAGGCUCGAAAUGAUAUGAUGCAUUCAAGGACAAACACUCUCAGCGAUGGAGAUACCAGGACUUACAUAAAUGCAAUGAAAGACUUCUUACAGGAUGCGUCCUCAAAAGUUACCGGAAAUAACAGUUCUACAGUACGAGAUGCUUUGGAUAAAGCACGCCGCGAAAUAGAUGAGCUCUUACUGGGAGAGAUGAAUAUCGAUAUUCUUUCGAAAGAAGCAAAGAGGGCACUUAUAUUUAAAAAAGAUUAUAUCUCGAAAUCAGUAAGGGUGAUAACAAGCAGCGGAGGAAAUGCCCAAGAACUUAGAGAGUAUCUAGACAUUUUGGAGAAACUGGGAGGGGAGCUGCAAUUUUGGAAUAGACAUCCGUGGGAAAUAAGGAAGAUGAGUGAGUUGAAUGACAUUCGCAACCAGUUGGAGAUAGCAAACCAGGAAAAUGAGCAGCUCAAAGAGGAUCUCAAGAAAGCUCAAAUUGAUCUUAAAGAUGUUCAGCAGGCGAAUAUUGACAUUGCACAAUUUCAAAAGGAGCUUGAUGAGGUUCAAGUCAAGUUAAAUGAGGUGUCCAUGGAAAACCAAAUAAAAAAACCGAAUUAUCGAAUAUUCAAGAUGAGCUGAAUACGUCAAGAAACCAAAAGGAAAAAUUUCAAGAACAGCUUGAAGUUGUACGUGAACAUAUGACAGAAGUUGACAAAGAACAUUCAACAAUUAAAACAGAACUAAUGUCAGUGGAUAAAAACAUGAACAUAGCAAAAGAAGAAAAUAAAAGCAUGCACGAUCAACUCAGCGUUAUCCAAGAUCACAUAAUUGAUGUAAAAGGAGGGAACAAAAAAAUCAAUAACAAGAUAGACAAGGUUAACGAAGAACUCAGUAUCGCAAAGGAUCAAAGUGAAAAGUUUCACGAAGACCUAGAUGAUAUCCGUAAAAAGGUUGAAAACUUAGAGGUUCACCAAAGUGACGAAGAAAAGCAAACAGAAGAUGACAUGCAAAACGGCAAAGUAAUUACACGAAACGAAAAAAAUGGGUUUGAAAAAACUGCUCCGGAACAAGUGUCAAACAUUCAAGAACGUGACAACAGUGAUAACAUAUCCGAGGAGUUAAUUGCAGGUAAGACGGAUCAACUGACGACUGAUCAUGAAGUUACUAUGGUUGGCAAAGAAGAAGCCGUUGAUGAACAGAUCAACGAAGAACAGGGUAAUACCCAUAACGACACAGAAGUUUAGGAAGAUGAUAAACUACAAGACAGUGGACAGUAAAUUUUACCCUGAGGUGGCACGGUUGUGGCAAGCAAUGGUGAAUUUAACGAAUAUUUGUCCUAAGUUCGCUAGAAAUAUCCAUGUAGUGCCGUUGUAUAUAGUUUUAUGAUACAAAAAAAUGUACAUGAAAAUACGUUAUAUAUUAAUACCUACAAGGACGUUUGUAUGUAUAUAUGUGCAGUUUUACAUUGUGUGUGCUGUCUUUGUAUUUUGUUUUGUUUUUUGACUCUACACUAUCAAACGUGGAGUUCGGCCAUAUUGCGAGAGAGUUUUAUUUUUAUAAAUUCUACGUGUCAUCCUGUGUGAAAUACAUGCCGCAUGUAUUAAAGAAGUGUCUUAUCAUAUGAAGUUAUUAAACGAGUUGUAUAAAAUAAUAAAAUGAGAGGCUCUGCCAAGCAUUUUAUCAAGUAUGUUCGAUUCGUUUAUUAAUUUAAAUGUGGAAUGACACAAAUGUAAUAUUCUUGUUAUCGCAUGUAAGCUUUUCCUGCUGAACCAUCAAAAUUUCUACUUUCUUUAUCUAUUAUAGACCAAGUAAAUUCAACGAACGUCUCCUUUGCUUAGAAGGACGUCAACGCCAAGGCUUUAAUACACUAGACAGUGUAAUACCAAAUUUAUGUAAUGACUUUAUUUCACGCCCACGACAUCAAACAUGUGAUAAAUACUAGUAUAAUAGACGAAAACUAGUAAAUAAAGCCAUUUCUUUUUCCAAUAUAGGGAGCCUCCGUGGCCGAGUGGUUAAGGUCGCUGAUUUCAAAUUGUGGGUUCAAGCUUCACUCGGAUCGUUGAGUUCUUCAUGUGAGGCAGCCAUCCAUCUGGCUUACGGAAGGUCGGUGCUUCUACCCAUGUACCCGCUCGUUAUGAAAUAAUGCACGGAUGGGCACCUUGGGUUCUCCUUCACCAUUAAAGCUGGAAAGUCGCCAUAUCACCUAUAAUUGUGUCGGUGCGACGUUAAACCCAACAAAAUAAAUAAAUAAAAUUUCCAGUAUAAUAUAACAUAAUAUAAUAUAACUGACUAGUGGAUUUGAAUCAAGUUCUGCCAGGCAAAACUUUUUUUAACCUUAAUAGGCUUUAUAUCAUUUUGAUAACUGACUAGUGGAUUUGAAUCAAGUUCUGCUGGAAUUGAAUCUAGUUCUGCCGGGCAAAAUUCUUUGUAAAAUUAUCGUCUAUUACCUGGCAAAAUGUAUCAUAAAAUGAUAAUCUUUUAGACUGUAGCACAUAACGAAUCUGAAAAAAGUUCUGACAGGCAGAACUUUUAAAAUCUUAUUUCUAUAUUCAUUAUAUAGAGAACUUUUCAACAUUUUUAGGCUUUACAUUAUCACAAACUACUGGCUUGUAGUGUAUAAUGUAUUUUAAAAAGUUUUGUCAGGCAGACCUUUUUAAAACUCAUUGACAUACCCAUUAUAUCUUUAUUCUUAUUUUAAAAGGCUUCAGUUGAGUCAGAUAAAGUUCUGCCAGGCAGAACUUUUUGAACCUUAUUUAUAUUUCAGUUAUAGGAUUUUUAUAAUUUUGAUAAAAGACCCGAAAAAGUUCUGCCAGGCAGAACUUUUUACAACUCAUUGAUAGAUCCAUUAUAUCUCAUUUUAAAAUACUCUAGUUGUGUCAGAUAAAGUUCUGCCAGGCAGAACUUUUUACAACUCAUUGAUAGAUCCAUUAUAUCCUUAAUCUUACUUUAAAACACUCUAGUUGGGUAAGAUAAAGUUCUGUCAGCCAGAACUUUUUGAACCUUAUUCUUAUUUGAGUUACAGGCUUUUUAUGAUUUUAAUAAUAGACCUGGAAAAGUUCACAACUCAUUGUUAGCUCCAUUAUAUCUUAUUUUAUUUUAAAACACUCUAGUUGAGUAAGAUAAAGUUCUGCCAGGCAGAACUUUUUGAACCUUAUUCAUAUUUCAGUUAUAGGCUUUUAAUUAUUUUGAUAAUAAACCUGAAAAAGUUCUGCCAGGCAGAACUUUUUUAAAACUCAUUGAUAUAUCCAUUGUAUCUCAUUUUGAAACACUCUAGUUAAGUCAGAUAAAGUUCUGUCAGGCAGAACGUUUUGAACCUUAUUCAUAUUUCAAUUAAAGCCUUUUCAUAAUUUUGAUAACAGACAUAUCCAUUAUAUCCUUAAUCUUACUUUUAAACAGUGUAGUUGAGUAAGAUAAAGUUCUGGUAGGCAGCACUUUUUGAACCUUAUUCUUAUUUGAGUUACAGGCUUUUUAUGAUUUUAAUAAUAGACCUGGAAAAGUUCACAACUCAUUGUAAGCUCCAUUAUAUCUUAUUUUAAAACACUCUAGUUGAGUAAGAUAAAGUUCUGCCAGGCAGAACUUUUUGAGCUUUAUUUAUAUUUCAGUUAUAGGAUUUUAAUGAUUUUGAUAAUAGACCUGAAAAAGUUCUGCCGAGAGCAAAACGUUUUACAACUCAUUGAUAGAUCCAUUAUAUAUUUUAUUUUAAAACACUCUAGUUGAGUAAGAUAAAGUUCUGUCAGGCAGAACUUUUUGAACCUUAUUCAUAUUUCAAUUAAAGCCUUUUCAUAAUUUUGAUAACAGACAUAUCCAUUAUAUCCUUAAUCUUACUUUUAAACACUCUAGUUGAGUAAGAUAAAGUUCUGGUAGGCAGAACUUUUUGAACCUUAUUUAUAUUUCAGUUUUAGGCUUUUACUGAUUUUGAUAAUAAACCUGAAAAAGUUCUGCCGGGCAGAACUUUUUUUAAACUCAUUGAUAUAAUUUUAUCCAUUGUAUCCUUAAUCUUAUUUUAAAAGACUCGAGUUGAUUUAGAUAAAGUUCUGCCAGGCAGAACUUCAUAUUUCAGUUAAAUAUUCUAUAUAAUCUUGAAAUAUCUUUUGCUUGUGUAUAAUGCAUAAUGAACAUAAAAGUUCUGCCGAGCAGAACAAAAUGUAAAUAAAGUACGUGUA